CUUGGCCACGAAGCAUCCCAACUGUUCAACUCCGCGUCCCGGCGGCCCCUCUGUCUCUAUAAACCCUUCCAUUCCUCAGUCUCCGAAUUUCUCGUGAAAUCUUGUGAAUAAUUCCAUUUUUGUUGGUUAUUUCUUCAUAUCUCCUUUUUGUCAAUGGAUUCACCGCUUAUAGACGACUUGAUCUCCCAAUUCCCUCUCGACGACCUGUUCGACGAAUUACCUGACACUGCCGGCCCCUUCCUUGGGGAUGCCGCCGCUGCAUCGUCACCGGACUCUCUUUCCUCGUGGAUUGAUGAGAUCGAGAGCUUCCUAAUGGAGGAUGACGCCGGGGAUGCUGCUGUCGAGUCGAACACGGAGCUCUCCGACAGCUUGCUGGCGGAAUUGAUCGCUCAAUCCCCCGAGAAUGCUUCCGGAGAGGUGGUUGAUGGCUCGAGCGACAGAGAUUCUGAUGCCUCCGCUGACGGAGGUGGUCAGCUUCAGAAGGAGAAGGUCGAAAGUGAAGCUGGUGAGGAAGAGGACGCCGAUGAUGACCCUGCCUCUAAGAAGCGGAGAAGGCAGCUGAGAAACAAAGAUGCAGCUGUGAGGUCGAGGGAGAGAAAGAAAAUGCAUGUGAAAGAUCUGGAGAUGAAGAGCAAGUACUUGGAAGGGGAAUGCAGGAGGAUGGGGCGGUUGCUCCAGUGCCUCGUGGCUGAGAAUCAAGCUCUUCGACUCGGUUUGCAGAAUGGCAGUGCAUGUGGUGCUAUCGGUACCAAGCAGGAGUCUGCUGUGCUCUUGUUGGAAUCCCUGCUGUUGGGUUCCCUGCUUUGGUUCCUGGGCGUCAUGUGCCUAUUCACCCUGCCAGAGUCGCCCCGGUUGAGGGUGUCGCUGGUAAACGCCGGAAGGAGAGAUCUGCAAACUUGCGCUCCAAGAGGGCCAAGAAAUGAGGAAUCCCGGCAUCUGUUACCAGCGUCUUUUGUCAUGAGUAGGAGAUGCAAAGCCUCGAGGUCGAAGAUGAAGCCAGGUAUUCAUGUCCCUCGAGUUUUGGCAUGUUAGGUAGACCUGCCGUCUUUGGAAGGUCGCGUUCCAUGUAAAAAGGAGCCCGUUCAUGUCCAUUUCUUAAUGGUAGUUGGCUAGUGUGCGGGUUGUUCCGACAGUACUAAUAUUCACGUUGUUAUGGGAUAUAAUAUAUCAUUACCGCUUCUCCCCA